AUGUACUGUUGGAGAACAGUGCAACAGUUUGCGAUCACUAUUAUAACAACAAGUCGAUUUAUUACCACUUACGCUUGUUUAGGUGGCAGACCUUGCCCUUGCAUAGCAGUGCCUUUCAAUUACUGUCCGUGUACGCAACAAGCUGCCCCGCAACAAAGCAGUCAUUUUGCACCACGCAGACAUUACAACGGAUAUCUAAGCCCACCAGCUCCGUUUCCACAACAUCGCCCUUAUGUUGCUCAGUUUCCUCACCAACCGUACGGUGCUAUCAAUGCCGUACCCAGGGGAAGAGUACCGUACUCGCAAGCGAACAGUUUGUCUUUUGUAACGUAUACCGAGCCAAGGCAAACAGUUUUUCAGCAGUCUUUGAUUUCAUCUUUACAUGACAAGCAGGCACUAUACUCUUCAAUUGCUCAACCUUUACCAAUACAAGCACCAUUACUUCCCAAACUUACUGCAACUUCUUCCACAACACGCAGCAAUGAAACUUCUCCCGAGAUUAUUGUGAAGAAGGAUAACGCAACGAGAAAAGCAUCACAAAUCCAUAUUCAGUCUCGAGUGCCUCAAAGAAUCCAUCAGCAUUCAUCACAACAAAUCGAAGUUAAGCCAUCCCAAAUUGACAGAGAAAUGAUGCCGGAAGACCGAGAUCCUGAAAAUUCUGCUUAUCAAGAAACUAAAAUUCCUUAUCAAAAAAUCACUCCAGCAACUAAGAAAUGGAUAGAGCAAGCUAAGAACAGAAAUGUUUUGAUCCUUGGUCGAAAAUUAGGAGAAAGUAAAACUUAUUUAAAUGAAUUACGUGCAGAAACAACAAGCCGAAGUGAGCUUGCGAAGAAAAUGAAUUUACCUGCUGAAUUCACAAGACUCACAAAGAAGGCAUCAUACUCUGGGAGGUUUGAUCUCAGUAAAAAUCAUGCCAGAAGACAGCAUUUGGAUGCCGAAAGACAGUAUUCUGUAAUAUCUCAAAAAAUGCUUAUGACUCCAAAAGUACCAAUAAUCCAUAGCAGAUCGAUAAAAAUGGGAUCAGUCGAUGAUAGCAAAUUCAAUAAUUUGCAAAGAAACUGGAAUCGUCCUGAAAUGUCACCAGCCAUUCGCGACACAUCCUGGUCUCCCAAUAUUUUAAAAUACGAGCAACUUCGCAAACAACCACUUGAUUAUAAACCAAAAUUGCGCCCUUACAAUCGCUAUGAAAACUCCAGUUCUGAUUUUCGACCUACCAUCUUCCGAGGUACAAUUUUAACCCCAAUUCCAAGUGCCUAUUCUGCUGUAUUAGGCACCAAUCGUCAAGCAAUGAAUGUUCAAGAAAUAUGUGAUAAGAGAAUUAAUAAUAAAAGCGAUCAAAUUUCGGAAGAACUAAGAAAAAAUAUUUGCCAAAAACAGCAAGCAGUUAUGAAGCAAAUUGGAAGAAAUCAAAUUUCAAGUCAGUCUGGUAGAUCUCUUACUGCAAAUGAACAUGACCAAACGAAAAAAUCAGAUUUCUGGGAAAAAUAUUGCCGAAAUUUAGAUGAUCAUACAAGGAAGCAGUUUCAGAUGAAUGAAACAUUGCAAAAUUCGAGUAUUCAGAUCAAUAAAUUACACGAUGGAGACGUCAAAAUGGUCCGCAUGUCGAGUGGCGUAAACGAGUGGAGUGAAAACGAUACUCAAAACUUCAAAACUUAUUAUCAUCAAAAAUGUACAGGUCGCGUGCUAGGUCGGUCACGUAAUGAAACAAUUGCUACAGCAGCGCGUAAAUGUGAUGAGUUACAUUGUGACGCAGCGAAUAUUCGCCUUCUAGGCCAAGGAUUCUUGGAAGUUGCCUUCUUGGAAGAUACUGCAGGAAGAUUCAAAGACUUUGGCAGUCAUUGCGUUUCAAGAAAUCCUGUUGACGAAAUUACUUUUGCAGACAAAAUUCUUUCAAUAAACAAGUUAUCUGCUAGAGAUGACUGGCUACUUCGAAAUCCACCGCCACCCUCACCAUUACCACGUCGAGUUGUACUUCAAAAUAACCGUUGGAAACCUACUUGGCGAAAUAGGCCUUCAAUACCGAUUAGUAGUAAUAGUACGAGACGAUUAUUAUGA